AUGACUUUAAAUCUUUGUGUACUAACCCCCAAUCAAAUUGUUUGGGAUUCAGAAGUGAAGGAAAUAAUUUUACCUACUAAUAGUGGACAAAUUGGAGUAUUACUUAAUCAUGCGCCUAUUGCCUCAGCUGUAGAUAUAGUAAAUGAUGCGGAAAAUGGUAGAGACAUUGAUCCACAAGAAGCACAACAAACUCUUGAAAUAGCAGAAACUAAUUUGAAUAAGGCUGAAGGCAAGAGACAAACAAUUGAGGUAAAUCUAGCUCUUAGACGAGCUAUAACAUGA